AUGGUACGAAAGUUGAGGUCUUCUGCUCAAGUAGAUCCUGUAAGAAGAGGGUCGGUUCGAAUAUUGAAGAAUAGGGUCGCAAAGAGGGCUCUUAAAACUGAAACACUGGUUAGUUUUGCUAAAAAUGUUCCAAAAUUCGCUGGCGAGCUGAAAUAUGGACCAGCGGAAACAAUUUCAAAGCCGAGUAGCACCAUUAAAAUUGAACCCGAUGAAGGUAUCCUGCCCACCUCGCUUACUGGUAUAAAGGAUGAAGGUCCACUAGACUUCCGGAUCAAAUAUGAACCAUUUGAGACCAAUCCUUUACAGGUAUUUCCUAAGAAAGACGAGUCACCUGCUAACAUUUUCGCUAAAUCGACUCUCACUGAGGAAGAGCAUUCUCCAUCAAAUUGGACUCAAAUCUACAACAAAGUUGUAGAAAUGAGAGCUAAGUUCAUAGCCCCCGUGGACACCAUGGGAUGUGAGCGAAUACCCGAGCAAAUAAACCCGUUGAUUCGGCACUCCAAUCCUAAGGUAUUCCGGUUUCAGUUGUUGAUCUCGUUGAUGCUUUCGUCGCAGACAAAGGAUGAGGUCAACUAUGAUGCCGUACUGAGAUUGAACCACUACUUCCUCACUGAGGCAGGUUACAUAGAUGGUUUAUGUAUAGAAGCAGUCAAUAAUUCCUCAGAGUCUACUAUUGACUCGCUUAUACAAAAGGUUGGCUUCCACAAUAGAAAGUCGCAGUACAUGAAAAAGAGCUGUGAACUUUUAAGGGACAACUUUGAUGGUGAUAUUCCAAAGACUAUUAAAGAAAUAGUAACUUUGCCCGGUGUUGGCCCGAAGAUGGGGUAUUUAUUGCUAUAUAAGGCUUGGAAUAUAAGUGACGGAAUCGGUGUAGAUGUCCACUUGCAUCGAUUGGCUACUAUGUGGAAUUGGGCUCCAAAGACAGACAAGCCAGAGACAACUAGGUUAGCAUUACAAGAAUGGUUACCCAAAGAAUACUGGGCUGAUAUUAAUCCGCUAUUGGUGGGGUUUGGACAAAUGGUAUGCUUACCAAAGGGAAAUAAGUGCGAUAUCUGUUCAUUGGCGACAACUGGUUUAUGCAAAAACGUGAAUAAGAAGGUACUCAAGUUGAGAGGAGAUCCUAAAAGAUUGAUAGACGUGCAAAAAGGCAGAGGGGACUUGACACACUUAAUACGAGACAUAGAAGAUUUAGCUUAG